UGUUCUUCGUGUCUGGGCUGAAAGUUGUGCGCUCCCCGGCGGAGGGCCUCUAACAGGUCCGGACAGUACAUGUAACCCAAGGCGGGGUCAAAGUUCAGCCCUGGUUGGAAAUGUGAAAGCGAAGGGGGCAAAAGGAGGGCUCUAUUUCCCCCUCUCUCACUCUGUCUCUCCUUCUUUUUCUGUUCUGUCCUUUUCACACACAUACACACGCACGCACGCACACACACAUACACACAUACAGCCACUACACACCGCGCACACGCACGCGCACACACACAGGCUGGAGUUACACUAACCACCACACACACAUAAACACACACACACCUUCCAGAUCUAAGAUUAGAUCCGACAGAUAUGUAUUCUCCGCUAUGUCUGACACAGGAUGAAUUCCAUCCUUUUAUCGAAGCCCUGCUGCCCCACGUCCGGGCCUUCGCCUACACAUGGUUCAACCUGCAGGCCCGCAAGAGGAAGUACUUCAAGAAGCACGAGAAGCGCAUGUCCAAGGAGGAGGAGCGCGCCGUGAAGGACGAGCUGCUCAGCGAGAAGCCCGAGGUCAAACAGAAGUGGGCGUCUCGCCUCCUGGCCAAACUGCGCAAGGACAUCCGGCCCGAGUUCAGGGAGGACUUUGUGCUGACCGUGACGGGGAAGAAGCCGCCGUGCUGCGUGCUGUCCAACCCCGACCAGAAGGGCAAGAUGAGGAGGAUCGACUGCCUGCGCCAGGCGGACAAAGUGUGGAGGCUGGACCUGGUCAUGGUGAUUUUAUUCAAAGGGAUUCCCCUCGAAAGUACUGACGGGGAGAGGCUGGUAAAGUCUCCUCAGUGUUCGAACCCCAGCCUGUGUGUGCAGCCACAUCACAUUGGAGUUUCAGUCAAGGAGCUGGAUCUCUACCUGGCCUACUUCGUUCACGCAGAAGCCAGCCAAUCAGAAAGCCCCAACCAGGCCAGCGAAUCAGAUAUCAAGGAGCAGCCAGAGAAUGGUCACCUGGGUUUUCAGGACAGCUUCGUGACACCUGGAGUCUUCACGGUGGCUGAGCUCGUACGAGUCUCACAGACACCCAUCGCAGCUGGCACCGGUCCAAACUUCUCAUUGGCCGACCUGGAUAGCUCCUCCUACUACAGCAUGAGUCCAGGAGCCAUGAGGAGACCCCUGCCCAGCACCUCCUCCUCCAGCUCUGCCAAGAGGAUAAAGUGUAUGGAGGAGGACGUGGAUAGUCCAGGAGAGGAGUCCUACUACCCGGGUCAGGGUCGAUCUCCGGGCAGCGGCAGCCAGGCCAGCAGCUGGCACGACGUGGAGCCAGCUGGAUAUAAGCUGCGUGGCUCUCUAGCUAGCUCGUUCAUCUCCCGACAAGGGAUGCCGUCGCCCGCUGGCGCUCUAAAGAAGUCAGAGAAGUCUGGUUUCUGCGGCGCCGUGCCUUCACCGAGUGGCGCCUCCUCCGCCUCCUCCUCUUCUUCUUCCUCCUCUUCCCCCCGAACGGCUUUCACACACCAUCACCGGCCCGUCAUUACCGGGCCUCGAGCGAGUCCCCACGCUCCCCCAUCCAGCCUCCACUUCUCCUCCUCCCCCAUCCUGCAGCAGCCCGGUUCCUACUUCUCCCACCCAGCCAUCAGGUAUCACCCGCAGGAGACGCUCAAGGAGUUUGUCCAACUGGUCUGUCCUGACUCCGCCCAGCAGGCCGGACAGGUGGGCUUCCUCAACCCUAAUGGUAGCUCCCAGGGAAAGGUCCACAACCCUUUCCUCCCGACACCCAUGCUGCCUCCCCCUCCGCCACCCCCGAUGGCCCGACCCGUCCCACUGCCCGUUGACGCCAAGCCACCCUCCACCUCCUCCACCGAGGGGGGAGGCAACUCGCCCACCUCGCCCACCUACUCCACCCCCACUACUUCUCCAGCCCAGCGGUUCGUCAGCGUCGGACCCAGAGACCCCGGCUUUAACAUCCCUCAGCAGCCACAGUGGUACCUGGGAUAAGGACUCCAGAGGCCCCUCCACCCUCCACCCACCUGUAUGACAGAUCGCUGCAGCCUCCUCCUCCCCGAACUUUGACCUUUAGAUGCCAGCUGCAACAGAGAGCCCCAUCUUGCCCCGUCCCUACAGCCCCCCCAUCCCCUUUUGCGCCUGACUCCGCCCCCACCAGCGCCAUACAGAGACUCAGCAGUAUCAGCAUGGCUACAGUGGCUCAAACGCACCCCGACCCUGGUGUUAAACACCCACUCUGUAAACUGUAUGUCAUAGACUUUCCUGUAGACAUAUGGUUCAUAUGUCAAUGUCCAUAAAUAGUGCCAGACCCUACACCAACCCCACCCUCAGAAACCAGACCAGGCUGAAAAAUUUGUGUGUGUGUGGGGGGGUGGUUGACCCUUCAAUUUUUGGGAAUGCUGCAAGACUGAAUCACAGAGCUUCCCUUCUGGAGAAAGUACAUACACACUCAUCCUCUGCAGUGUGUGCAUCCAGUGGACUUGCAGCGUUACAAUUCCCUCCACACACCCACCAUCACACCCCCCCAUCCCACUGGAUUCUGAUGGCUUGGGGUCCGUUUGGUUGGUGGGACAGGAAGGGAUACGCUGUGGUUGGGGGGAGGGGGCUGUUACCAGGCUCAGAUACCACCAGCUAAUACCCCUGCCCCCCCCUUCCUCACCUGAGCCUUCACACACCUCCUGGGAUGGAAUCCACCCCCACUUGACCCCGCCCCCUGGAUGGUGGCAGGUCAGGGAGGGAGGAAGUUGACGAGGCUCUUUCCAAGGACAUGGACCAGUGCUUAAUGGAAAGACCUGACCUGACAGGGAGGUGGUGCAGGUGCAAACAGACGUCCUGUCUGUUUCACAGUAAUAACAUGAACUACACAUGGAGGGGUGGGGGUCAUUAUGGGGGAGGUUGAGUGGGUGGGAGGUUAUAAAUUUGGGGAAGCAGGGGUUUGUUGAUGUGAAGUGUUGCGACUAGACACUGGUGGAUCCAAUCUUGUUUAUCUGGGAGGCUUUGGCUUCAUGGCUCAUUGAUUUUUCUCUCUUAGCCGUCAUUUCAGCUGGUCCCCUCCUCUUCCUCCUCUAUCCAUCCACCAGUCUGGGUGAAGCUACAGCAUGCUAGGAGUGGGCAGAAAACUCUGGUGUCCGAAACGAAGCAGGCAGACAGGAGAGAGAUGAGUGACUAAAACUUUACCAGUGGAAUAUUGAUCAUGAGGAAAGUGCAAUUUUGUUGGCUAGCUGUUGGAUAGUUAAAUAUCUUUGUAAGAUAGCUCGUUGAAAACAGUUGUUGAAAAGUAUAUAUAAAUAUAUAUUUUUCUUCCUAGUCCGCUCACACCUCUGGGACUCUAAAAUAUUGGGGUACAAAAGACAACAACACAGCGUUGAACUAGAAACCAUAGCCUUGUGAGAAAUAAGGGGAGCUGUAUUCACUUUUAUUGUUUAUUUGUUGUUUGUUCAUCUUGGAAAGUUGUUAGCAUGGUAGAACAAGAAUCCCUUUAAGUAAUAUCAUAAUUUUAAACAAUCAUUUUUUAAAGCAUUUCUUGCAGCUGAAGUCUGCUUUUCAUUUUGUUUAAAAGAUAAAAUGUAAAGCGAGUAAGUUAUUUUAAUGAGCACAUCAUUUUACUUUUAAAACAUAAAAAGCAAUUUGAAUUUCUCAUGAGGCAAAAUCAGGAGGAAAUAUAACGAGUGAAUUUAAUCUAAAAAGUUAUGUUUUCUCCGGUUUCUGUUGGCGAGAUAAUCUUUAACGGGUGCCGCCUGGUAACGGGCUGCCCAGUGAUUGGCUGGGUCUCCUAGAGCUCCUGUCCAAUCAAAAGCACUUAUUCCUUCAGUUGGCCAAUGGCCCGCGAGUGUGUAAUCAGGGGGUGUGGUUUAGUGAUAAAGAGGCAGAGCAGAGGGUAACUCUCUGGAAGCUUUCGUCCACAAAUAGACAAGACAGCCGAGCGCUUCACAUGCAAUUUACCAUUUUAUUGAACUUCAGUUUUGUUUUUCCUUUCCUAUACUAUAUAUAUAAAUAUAUAUACACACAUGCACACACACACACACUCUUACGACCAUCCAGCGUCGAACAAAAGUGAAUUUAAGUGAAAAAUUACAAAAAAAGAACAAAAAAAUCUGCAUGUUUUAGUGUUAGUGACAAAUUUUUCCAUAGAUGAUGUAGUUAGUGAGAUAAAGACACUAUAUUGUAAACCCAACAUCAGGCAUUUGCCAGCAGCCGUCUAUUAGUUUGGCCCCGUCAAGGCCUUUUCUAUUGCUCUCCUUCACAAACAACCAGCUCUCUUCGCUUCUCAGCAUUUCUCAUUAUUUUGAUUCCUCCUUCCUUCCCUUCCUCCUUCCUUCCUUUUCCUUCAUCAACAAUUCAAUUCUGAGUUUCAGUUCCACAGCAUUCUGUGUCAUCCGUACGUUAUAAAAUUGCACGAAAACAAUGUUCCUCAUCAAUGUGCCUUGAGCUAAGGUCCAGUCCUGAGAGGGUGAAGAUUAAAUGUGGAGAGUCCUGUUUUAUUGUUUCUUCCUUUUUUCUUUUCUUUUCUCUCCUCCACCCUCUGCACCUGAGAUUUUGUAGGUAAACAGCAAUUAACGUCAAAGCGUUAAAGCUGAAAAGGAACGUUGUUACUUGCAGGUAAACUCUCACUAUUACAAGGUCUCAGGUCUGUGCUGCACUGGUUUGUGCCACCCCUGUGUGAAAUUUACAUCAACUACAAUCAGGUCGAUCAGAUCAUCUCCAGGUCUCUGCAAACUAGAGGCAAUACGGUGAAAUUUGUGAAAUGAGCACCAAGUCUGAGUUUAUGUAAGGUUCAAAUGAGAAAUGUAAAGAUGAUAUUCAAUCUCAUGUAAAACAACAUGAGGUAAACAAGGCAUUUCUGCUGUAUGGCCUGAUAGCUAUCAAGUAGCUAUCAAGUAUAGCAGCUACAGUUUAUUUCAGGUUAGUUAUCAGUUAGGUUUUGCAGGAAACACAUUCUCAUUGCUAAACUCUUAGUUUAGCAGCUAAAAUUGGUUUGAAGUAGAAAUUAGUUUAAGGACAUACUCCCUCGUCAGUAACAGCUCAGUUUAGCAGCUAAAAUCGUUUGGUUCCAGUCAAUUGAUUCUUCAAAAGAUAUGCACACAGUGAAGUUGAUGCCUGUGAGAGUGAAGUGAUAGACUGAAAACAUCUAGCUGCCACUUCCCAUGUUGCAGGCAAUUGAAGACAUUGUCCUCAUUUCACUAAAUUACCUGAUGCCACCUUCUUAAUGCAGCAGAUGGAGCUUAUAACUGCUCACUACCUGGUAAAUUGGUUCAAUUAACUAUGUUUACCCCCACCCAUCCCCUUCAUCCUGUCCUUUGUGUGGUGGGAUGACUUUUGCUGCAACCUCCGUACAGCAAAACCUUUUCUGUUUAAGUCCUCCUGUUUUAAUUUUUGAUUCAUUUGUUCCUCUACUUUCUCCCCACAUAUGAAUAAUGAGGACAUAAUAUAUGCAAUACCUGCUUGCACUCACUUAGACUUGUUUCGUCUUAUAUUGUUUAUUUAGUCUGGUUUUUCUCUCUCUUUAUUUUCAACCAAAGUUGGCAUGCACAUGACUGGCGUCAUGCUCUGUGGUCAGUCUCUAAAAAUGGUGAAACCAGCCCCUGCAGCAAUGCUCCAGCCAAGCUGAGCCACCGUUGCUCGGGCAUUCCUUCCUUCCUGUUUUGAUAAUCUACCAGGCGGCCACAAUACAACAUUUGGGAUCUCUCUUUACUAAAUUUUUUUUUCUUUGGUCACAAGCAAGCCUUAAACAAGUCCAACUUCUUCUCCAUCGCACAGAAAACAGUUAACCGAAUACAUUUUUGAUGACGUCCAGCAUUUUAACCACGCCUCACCCUGCUUGGCAGAGGUUUUAGUGAAGAAAUUGUUUACCCGUUCUGUGUUCAGUCCAUCUAUCAAAUUUAAUGGACAGCAACGUGACGCCGUUGGCUGUGAUGGUUUAGUAGUUCCACUUGUGUGGGUUGUGUGUUUCCUCUUAGUGCGACAUGUUUGUUUUGUCUCUGUUCUUGCCUACCCUUUAGCCAUGAGUUGGGCAUUACUUCCUUAAUUAUCUGCACUAAAUAUGAAUAAAUGACAAUAGUGAAAAAGUACGUAAUUUUAAAAAAAAUACAGCUUCCAGGGCUUAAAAAGAGCGAAGGGAAUAAAAAAAAAAUUGCACGGACAUUUUUUUAAAGUGUCACAAAAACCUUGUGAAACAGCCUAGCAUCUAAUCAGCGACUUUUGGCUGUGUGUGUGUGUAAGAUAACGACAAAAUUGCACCCUUUUUAAAGAAAGAAAAAAUGAAAAAGAAUAUAAAAGCAAUAGUUUGGGCAGUGUGUUGUUUUGUUCUUGUGUUGUGUGUGUAAUUUAGUUCUGGUACAGCAGUGAAGAGAUGCAGAGAAGAGUUAGCUCUUAACGGACAGGAGGGCAGAGCAGCAGGGCCACUCGGCCUGACUGGGAGACGUGUUUGUAUGUUGUAUAGUUUUAUUAAUUACACUGAUUUUAAAGCUGCCCUAUUUUAUAAUGCAGGACUUUUGUAACAUUGAUUAAAUGAGGAAAAACUAGUGUUGUGAAUUUUCUGAUUGUUUGUAUCGAGGCCACAUUACUAGAACUGGUUUGGUUUGUUUUCUGGGAACUGGAUGUAAGUUGAAAACUUUCCUGUUUCCUUAUUUUCUUUAUUUUUUCUUUAUUUGCUUUCCUUUUUGUAUGUAUUUAAGGACAUUUCCUCUUUGAUGGUAUAGCAUAUUCCUGUACUUGAAAAGUAUAGGGCGCUGUGGUGAUAAGACCAUUGUAAAUGGAUGUUACGGUAUGCUCUAUGUUUGAAGGUUAUUUGUUGCAUCAGUGUUGAUGAAGCUAAAUCUAGGUAAUUCUGAGGAAAAUUGGUAAGAGAAGCGAGCGUUUUUUAUGCAUUUUAAAAAAUUUAGUUCUAGGCAGGAGACAAUGACAUAGCCAGCCAAAGGAUGCCCCUACUAUAAAUGCAUCUAGGCAUCAUUUUUGUGUUCACCAUUCCAUGCAGGAAAAUAAACAGCUUGA